GAUAAACAUUUGUCUUCGUGAUUGUCAUCAUCACCGAGCUGAGUAAUUUUAUUGCAAAUUAAUUUCAUGUUCGUAAAUAAACAGCAACAGAGUGAAAUAGCGAACCAGAAUCGUUAUCCACUUCGCGUCCAAGUGCCAAUAACAGUUAUUGUAAAUUAAAUCUUUAAUGUAACCUAGAAAUAGAAGUAAUCAUGAAGUACUCUACAUCACCGACUCCAAGCCUUAGUAAUUAUCCAAGGAGCACGUCUCCGCUCCCAGCGCCUGCUAACUACCAGCCGACGACGGCCAGUGCAGCCGUGAAGCGAUACAAGUACUUGAGAAGACUGUUCAAGUUCAACCAAAUGGACUUCGAGUUUGCGGCCUGGCAAAUGGUCUAUUUGUUCGUGGCACCACAAAAAGUGUUUAGGAACUUCAAUUAUAGAAAACAUACAAAAUCACAGUUUGCAAGAGAUGAUCCAGCGUUCCUGGUACUUUUAUGUAUCUGGCUAUUUUUGUCAUCAAUAUGCUUUGCACUGGGCAUGGGGCUCAGCUGGACACAAGUGGCCCUGUUUGUGCUAUUUGUAGUGUUCGUAGACUUCAUCGGAGCUGGGAUACUUGUCUCCACAAUAUUUUGGUACAUCAGCAAUAAGUACCUGCGACGCGACCGCGACGGGCCGGACGUGGAGUGGGGCUACGCCUUCGACGUGCACAUCAACGCCUUCUUCCCGCCGCUGUCGCUGCUGCACUGCUUCCAGAUCGUGCUGUUCAACAGUCUACUGAACCACGACGGGUUCCUGUCGUGCCUGGUGUCCAACUCCUUCUGGCUGGCCUCCAUCGUCUACUACUUGUACAUCACCUUUCUGGGAUACAGCAAUAUCCCGACGCUGCAGAACGUGCGAGCCUUCCUACUCCCGUUGCCGGUAUUGGCGCUGCUGUUUGUGGGCUCGCUUACUGCCGGCUGGAACCUCAGCCGCAUGCUCAUGACCUUCUACCACUACCGGGUGUUAUAGGCGACCACGCAACCACCACGCCACCAUGUGACCACCACACCAAUACGUGACGAACAUGCCGCUACGCGACCACAACGCCACCAAGUGGCCGCCACGUGGUCAUCGUAUGACCACCACGCUACCAAGUGGCCACCACGUGAACACCACGCUACCAAGUGGCCGCCACCUGGUCAUCGUAUGACCACCACGCUACCAAGUGGCCGCCACGUGGUCAUCGUAUGACUACCACACUACCAAGUGGCCACCACGCCACCAAG